CUGAGAGCCUCGCGGGCGCGGCGCCGUUACUCUCAGUCGGGCGGCGGCGCAGGCGGCGGCGGCGGCGGCGGCACAGGGCUCAGCGCACCUCAGCAGCAGCAGCAGCAGCAGCAGCGGUAGGGGAGGCACCCCUGCGGUCACAGCGCCUGCGCUUGGGCAGCCGCCCUCGUUCUCCCUGCUCUUCCUCCCUUCGCUCGCACCAUGGCUGAUCAGCUGACCGAAGAACAGAUUGCUGAAUUCAAGGAAGCUUUCUCCCUAUUUGACAAAGACGGCGAUGGCACCAUCACAACAAAGGAACUUGGAACCGUCAUGAGGUCACUGGGUCAGAACCCAACAGAAGCAGAAUUGCAGGAUAUGAUCAACGAAGUGGACGCUGAUGGUAACGGCACCAUUGACUUCCCAGAAUUUUUGACUAUGAUGGCUAGGAAAAUGAAAGAUACAGACAGUGAAGAGGAAAUCCGCGAGGCGUUCCGAGUCUUUGACAAGGAUGGCAAUGGUUACAUCAGUGCCGCAGAACUACGUCACGUCAUGACAAACUUAGGAGAAAAGCUAACAGAUGAAGAAGUAGAUGAAAUGAUCAGAGAAGCAGAUAUUGAUGGAGACGGACAAGUGAACUACGAAGAAUUCGUACAGAUGAUGACUGCAAAAUGAAGACCUACUUUCAGCUCCUUUUUCCCCCCUCUAGAAGAAUCAAAUUGAAUCUUUUACUUACCUCUUGCAAAAAAAAAAAAAAAAGUUCAUUUACUCAUUCUGUUUC